AUGGCAGAAGUACCUACAAUCCGCUGGGGUAUCGUUGCAACGGGCAUGAUAUCCUCCUGGUUCGUCGAAGACCUAGUCCUCGACCGACCAGACGCCCCAGUAAAGCACAUAAUCCAAGCUAUCGGCUCUUCGGCCCUCGAAAAAGGCCAAUCCUUCGUCUCAAAGUACUGCCCAAACAGCACACCCACCAUCUACGCCUCCUACGAAGAAGUCUACAACGACCCAUCCGUCGACAUUAUCUACAUCGGCACCCCCCACGCCUUCCAUAAAAGGAACUGCCUCGAUGCCAUCGCCGCCGGAAAACCAGUCCUCUGUGAGAAAUCAUUUACCAUAAAUGCCGCCGAAGCAAAAGAAGUCUUCAAAGCCGCCGCGGAUAGAAACGUCUACGUCCACGAAGCCAUGUGGCUCCGCCACCGCCCUCUCGUCCACAACUUAAGAAAACUCCUCUUCGAGAAGAAAAUUAUCGGCGAUGUUUUCCGCUCGUACAUUGAUUUUGGAAUGGAGGUCGAUAUCCCUAGUCUACCGUCUACGUCGCGGUAUAAGGAUCUAGCACUAGGCGCAGGCUCACUUCUUGAUAUUGGGCUCUACUCGCUUACGUGGGCUAUGCUUACCCUUGACGCCGGCAUGCCUGGGAAUUCGGAGAAGCCGAAGGUUCAGGCUUCGCAGACGCAUCUCCAUGGUGUGGAGGUUACGUCCAGUAUCUUGUUGGAGUAUCCGUCUACGGGUAGACAUGGUAUUGCGCUGUCUACGACUAUGGGGCCUGGGCAUCCGAAUUGUUUUGGACGGGUUAGUGGGACGGGUGGGUAUGUUGAGCUUGAAGGGGUUCAGCCUUCGCAUCCGGUUUCUUUUACGGUGUUUAGGAAGGAUGAGAAUGGGGAGAUUCCGGUAAAGGGGGAGACAUUUGAUUUCCCGAGAGUUGGAAGGGGGUUCAUCUAUGAGGCGGAUAAUACGGCGUUGGAUGUGCUUGCUGGGAGGAAGGAGAAUGCGUUGGUGCCGUGGUCUGAGACUAUAAGGGUUAUGGAGCUGAUGGAUGAGAUUCGGAGGCAGGGUGGGACGGUUUAUCCUGUUGAUAGAGUAUAG